AUGACUUCAGCCUGGUUUAAACCGGAAUUGGCGGAACUUAUAAUCAACCAUGGCGAUAUAUUUAAUGAAACACACAGCAUUAUCGCUGACAUUGUAUCAGGCCACCUAGACAUCGCAGAUCUCGUAGAAAACAUGGCGGGCGUCUUAACAAACAAAGAACCAGAAAACCGAGAGAAAGGGAUGCGUUUCUAUACUAAAAUAUUAAAAGAACUUCCUCGAGAUUAUUUAAAUGACAUGCAAGUCAAGUUUAUAUCUAAGUUCUAUAUAGACAGACUGAAGGACAAUCACCGAGUAGUUCCACCAGUAAUAGAAGGAUACUCAGUGUUAAUUGACAUGUCUGAGUACAAUAUACAAAAUUGUACUGAUUUCCUGACUAUACUUUUCCGAGAGGUGACAUGUCAAUCGCAGACAAGACAGGAUAGAUAUAACAUCUAUGUGAUCAUACAGAAGUUGUGUAAUAAGGAUAUUGAAUACCUAAAAAGCCUCGGCUCAGACUUCGUAUACGGAGUUAUAACGGCUAUGGACGGUGAACGAGACCCUCGCAAUCUAGUCUUUCUAUUCGGGUUCCUACAAAACUUCAUAAAGAUCUUUCCUCUUGGCCAUUUGGCUGAAGAAAUGUUUGACGUAAUCUCUUGUUACUUUCCUAUUGACUUCCAUCCGUCAAAUGAUGAUCCUGCUGCGGUGACGAGAGAAGAUUUGGCCAACUCUUUAGCGCCAUGUCUGUGUGCCAUACCAGAGUUUGCGGAUUCCUGUAUCAUUCUCUUGAUUGAGAAGUUGGAUUCUAACUUGAGGUUGGCCAAAAUUGAUUCUUUGAAGUUGUUGAUCGAAAGCUGUAAAACAUUCACACCGCAAUCAUACAGUCCAUUUCUGAGAGCUCUGUGGUCUUCACUCAACAGAGAGAUGUCGCACAAAACUGAUGACGAACUUAAAACUACGGCGCAUGAGGCAUUGGGAGCAUUGGUUGCUAAAAUGGCGUCAACCGCUAACACAGACCAAGCCUUUGAAAAUUUCCUAAAAGGGGUCAUUAUUUCUGCACAAAGUACUAUAGCGGAUGCGACCACCGUUGCACAGUUCGUCAAAGGCACGAAGAUUCUACUAACUGCCGCAAAUGCUUCUAAUCAAUCCUGUGCCUCAAUCACAAGAGCUAUGGUCCCCGCAACAGUAGCGUAUUACGAACUCAAAACAGCGCCAAAAUUGCAAAUAGCAAGUUUGGACUUUAUUGGAGACUUGUAUGAGAUUGCUAAUAAGAAAGGCUUGUUGGACGAAGUAAAAGCACAGAUAACUAACGUUCCACAGAUAUGCCUGUCGGCUGUUAGCCAAACUUCGAAAGAAUUCCAAAUGGCUGGGUUCAAAACUUUAAUAAGAGUGCAGGAAUGUUUGGGCGAGGACCUUGUAUUGCCUUUUGUCGAGGUGCUUAUCUAUAAUGUCCAACAUGCACAAGACAAUGAUCUGCUCGGUAUCAGCGUGGAAACGAUACAUGUAAUAGCAAGGAAAUAUCCCGAACUAAUAAUGGACUUAGUUGUCAAAGGAAAAUGCAGUAUAGACAACAUAUCGCAGGACAAAAUAGCCUUUCAGAAACGGUUAAACGUGCUCACAAACUUAGCGAGUAUAGACGACUUUACUAAAGUUAUAAUUGAAGAAAUGCUAAAGAUAAUUACGGCAAAUGACCCUGAAGCUUUGCAUGUCGUUGAGGCACUAAGUGGGUCCAUUUCCAUGGCUAGUGUGUUUACCAUAGAAAAAGUUACGCAGAUAGAAAGCGAUCACGGAUUGAUAGAUCCUGUACUAGAUUGGUUGUAUAAAGAAAUCUCGUCGUCAAGUCCAGACGCUUUAGCACAUGGGUAUACAUUAAUAGCGAAUACUAUAGGUAGCUUACCUCCAGAAAAACAGGAGAACAUUCUAGUUAAACAUACGCCUCUAGCUUUAGAAAGGUGUAAACAGGACGAUAUAUAUUUCCUUAUAAUUGAAUGUUUGUACACUCCGUUGCAUCAAAUCGUGUACAAUUCUAAGUUCGAGGAGAUUAUGACGGUGUCCUUGCAGGUCGCAUUAAAGAGUGAUAAAGAUGUUGUAAGGACGAAGGCGUGCGUGUUAAUCGCACAUUUAUUGAAUAAGGCUGAACAUGGACAGAAGUUUGAAUUGCUAUAUGAAAUGUUGAAAACUCAGUUGGCGUCGUGUAAUAGGGGAGAUGAGAAACUAUGUCCAAGAUUGAUACAGUUAUAUGGGUGGAUCACUAAGUCUUUACUGAUGAGAGGCAGCGAUGUGUUCUUGUUUUGGUUGCAGAAGAUUGUAGGAAUAUUAGCUACUCCACAAUACUGUACGCACGGUUCGGAAGCCAUUAAACUAAUAAUGAACGAGAAUACAGAUUAUUUGAACAGAAAGCAGCACUGUAGGAUAAGUCUCUUAUACAAACAGAGGAUGUUCGAAACAUUCUCCGUAUUGACUGAAAAAGUUAAGCCUAACCUAUCGGCUGAAACAAAAGAAAGUUAUUUGCUCAGUUGGGCGUAUGUACUCGACAAGGCACCGAAGACUGUACUUAAAAAUGAGGCUAAUAAGGUUGCACCAAUAGUUAUAGACUGCCUAGAAUACGACAAUAAGGACAUGUUGCAAGUGUCCCUCGACGUGUUAUGUCACUUUGUGCAGUCCAGUCCCACAGCGGUGUCAGACAGCUUACAGACUAUACUGCCCAGGUUAAUCGCUUUGAGCAAAUAUAUGAAGUCUAUGGAUGUUAGAAUAAAGAGUUUAGAGUGCCUUUACGACAUAGCGAAUACUUUCCGAACUUCGACCCUACUGCCAUACAAACAAGACGUAUUAUUAGAUCUAGCGCCCUCAUUGGACGACAAGAAGAGGCUAGUACGUAACGUAGCCGUACGGGCGCGUUCGCGUUGGUUCCUUGUAGGUGCACCAGGCGAAGAAAAACCAAAUUAG